AUGCAUGGAGAUGUGAUGAUCACUGGGUUUUUCCCUCUCUACACUUUGGGAGUAGAUCACAGGAACAGCCAUGCUUCCAGGCAAGAAGAGAACAAGAUCUUUAUGUUCAAGAACUAUCAGUUUGUUUUGGCCUUGGCUUUUGCUAUUGAGGAGAUCAACAAAAAUCCAGAUCUUUUACAUAACUUGACUCUGGGAUAUGAUAUCUAUGAUGUUGAAUUCAGAACUUGGACAAUGUUUAAGAAUCCCUUCACUUGUCUCUUUGGGAAGUACAAGACUCCAAACUACUCCUGCAUUCGAGACAGCAUGACUAUAGCAGUACUUACAGGACCAUCAGGAAUAACAUCUGACCAGAUUGGGACAUUGCUAGGACUCUACAGAUUUCCACAGUUUACCUUUGGGCCUUUUGAUCGUGGCCUGAGUGAUCAUAACAAGUUUCCUGCUCUCUAUCAGAUGGCCCCAAAAGACACACCAAUAGCCACUGCCAUGGUCUCCUUACUUCUUCAUUUCAGCUGGAACUGGGUGGGACUAUUGACCUCGCAAGAUGAGAAUGGUGUGUGGAUUCUUGUUGAAUUGAAAGAAGAGAUGGCCAUGAACAGAGUUUGUGUAGCCUAUGAGCUAGUGAUCUCAUCCCAAGACACAUCACAUAUAUUCAAACUCAUGGCAGUUCAUAAUGAGAUAAAUCUAUCUUCAGCAAGUGUUCUCAUCAUAUAUGGUGAUAAUGAUUCAAUGAUAGGUUUAGUGGUAUUUAUCGAGCAAAUUUUUAUACAUGGCAAAGUUUGCAUUAUGAACUCACAGUGGGAUUUCACAUUGAAAAGGAGAUAUUUCAUGCUAGGAUCAUUGCAUGUACCUCUUAUUUUUACACACCAUUAUGUAGAUGUUUCUGGAUUCACAGAUUUUAUCAAGGCAGCUAAGCCUUCAAAAUACCCAGAAGACAUUUUUCUUGCCAGACUGUGGUUUCUGUCUUUUAAUUGCUCAGCUUCUGAGUCUGACUGUGUGACUUGGGACAACUGUGUUCAUGAUGCCUCUUUGGAUUUGUUGCCUGUACAUAUUUUUGAUAUGACUAUGUCUAGAGACAGUUACAAUGUUUACAACGCUGUGUAUGCUGUGGCCCAGACUCUCCAUUCGAUGCUUCUUCAUCAAAUAGAAGUUCAAACAAUGGACAAUAGAAAAGAAAAAGUGCCUUCCCCUGAACAGCUGCACACUUUUCUGAAGAGCAUCCAGUUUUACAAUCCAACUAGAGCUCAAGUGAUUUGGGACGAGAAAAGGAAACUGGAACCAGAGUAUGACAUUCUGAACAUUUGGAAUUUUCCAGAAGGUUUGGAACUUGCAGUGAGGAUAGGCAAGUUUUCUCCAUAUGCUCCACAUGCAGAUAUGGAGCAAUGUGUGAAGUGUCCAGAUCAUCAGUAUGCCAACACACACAGGACUCAAUGCUUCUUGAAAACUGCAAGUUUCCUGGCUUUUGAAGAUCCCUUGGGCAUAGCUCUGGCUAGCAUGGCUCUUUGCUUCUCCUUGCUAACUGCUGCUGUUCUUGGAAUGUUUGUGAAAUACCAAGACACUGCCAUUGUCAAGGCCAAUAACAGGGCUCUCAGCUACAUCUUGCUCAUCUCCCUCAUCUUCUGUUUCCUCUGUUCUUUGCUCUUUCUUGGCCAUCCAAACACAGUCACGUGCAUCAGACAGCAGAUCACAUUUGGGAUUGUGUUCACUGUGGCUGUUUCCACAGUGCUGGCCAAAACAGUGACUGUGUUCCUGGUCUGCAAGGCCAAUUCCCCAGGAAAAAGGAUGAGGUGGCUGCUGGUAUCAGGGGCUCCUAUCUUCAUCAUCCUCAUCUGCACCCUCAUCCAGGUGACUCUCUGUGGAUUCUAGCUGGGAACCUCUACUCCCUUUGUGGACACAGUUAUACACUCUAAACAUGGCCACAUAAUCAUUCUGUGCAAAACGGGCUCCCUCACUGCCUUCUACUAUGUCCUGGGAUAUCUGGGGUCCCUGGCCCUGGCCAGCUUCACUGUAGCUUUUGUGGCCAGGAACCUGCCUGAUACCUUCAAUGAAGCCAAAUUCCUGACCUUCAGCAUGCUGCUGGUGUUCUGCAGUGUGUGGCUCACUUUCCUGCCUGUCAACAACAGUGCCAAGGGGAAGAUCAUGGUGGCCGUGGAAGUCCUCUCUAUCUUGGCCUCCAGUGUGGGCCUCCUGGGAUGCAUUUUUGCCCUAAAGUGUUACAACAUCUUGAUAAUGCCAAAUAGAAAUUCUCUGCAUGACUUCAGGGUGAAAGACAGUAGGAGAAAUACUCAUUCUUAA